AUGUUUGGCGGGUUUGGCAAUACAAAUGCGACUAACACCCCCGCAGCUCCUACGACAGGCGGUUUCGGCGCCUUCGGUCAGACCAACACUGCGCCAGCAACUACCAGUGCUUUUGGGAAUGCGUUUGGUCAGCAGCCACAGCAGCAGCAGCAGCAGCAGCAGCAGCAGCAACAGACCACAGGCUUCGGAGGGUUAGGCCAACCUCAGCAUAACACUGCUGGAACAGGGUUGUUUGGAGGGGGUGCCAACAAUCUGGGUGCAUCCACCAACCCAAUGAAUAUCUCUGCUCUCGGUCCGAAUCCGCAGGGUUCAUUGACCGCCUCAAUCGCACAACCCAUUGGGUCGAACUUACCCAUAUUUAACCUCUUCCCUCCCGGACCACGUGCAAUAAGCCUUGACCCACCGCCAAAGAAGAAAGUGAGUUUCUUCGCAGAUGUGCCCACGAGAACACCGGUUCCUCGAAUAGGCUUGGGCUAUGUUCCUGCACAAGCGAAGUUAAGAGGCUAUGGAUCUACCAACGCUGCACCGGGUCCGCCGAACGCAGGGAGCAGCCUUUUCUUCCAAUCCAGCAAGCCGAACGCGCUCAACUUGAGUAAAACAGCCAACGGGAAGAGCACACUUGGUCCUGAUGCACUCCUCUCGAAUGGUAACGCUAGUCCAACCUUGGGCAGCGGAUCCAGGAAGAGCGUGAAGAAACUCGUUUUGGACAAAAGGGUCGACGCAUCAGACUUGUUCAAUAAGUCGAGUUCAGGUGGCAAGGUCGUCUUUAGCUCCGCUCUUAGCGUGGCAGCGCGGGAGCGAGAGGCAGCAGCGAUAGCAGCUGCCGCGAAGCUGCCUAAACCUGCUCCGCGCACGGACAAGGCUGCGGCCGCGUCUGAGGCAGCGACGGCAGAGGCAGCGAAGCCCCGAGAGUUGCAGGACGGUGACUACUGGGUGAAGCCUGACCUCGAGACGCUGAAGAGAAUGGGACAUGAAGAGCUGGUUGCGUUCAAAGGGUUGGUGAUUGGACGGAAGGGCUAUGGGCAGAUCGAAUUCCUAGACCCUGUGGACCUGACGAACGUCUCAAAGUUGUCCAGCCUCCUGGGCCAACUCAUACGGUUCGACGAGCAGGAGUGUUCUGUAUACCCGGACACCGAGGAGGCAGACAAGCCGCCGCCUGGGUCAGGACUCAACAAUCGCGCGAGGAUCACCCUGAUGCGCUGCUGGACGCGGGAUAAGGCGACGCGGGAUCCCAUCAAGGAUCCAGAGCAUCCGCUGUCGAAGAAGCAUUACAAGCGACUCAGGAACAUGCGGAACACGCAUUUCGAGAGCUUCGACUUCGAGGAAGGGAAAUGGGUCUUCAUCGUGGAUAAAUUCUAA